UUGUCAGCGCGUGGGAGCGAGCGAGCGGGCGGGAGGCAGGCAGUCAGUCAGUCAGAGAAAGUCUGUGUUUGCAGGAGGCUGCUCCAGCAGCCCCGCGUCCCCCUCUGUGUUCUUUCUCUCUUUUAUAUAUGUAUACACACAAAAAAAUGCAACACGCCGCUCUCUGAUUCCUCGCUUUUAUUGUGCACGGAGGAAAAAUUAACAAAACAAAAACCGCGGACACUUACUCCGGAGAGAAAUAAAAAUGCUCAAGGACACUCCGAAAGAUUCGUUCACCCUGGAUGUGGCUCUUGUGUCGGCAGCUGUGGUAAUUUGUCUUGCUGCAAUGGUUGCCAUGUGUGGGAUCUGCAAAUGGUGUCAGCGCAAAUUGGGUAAAAGACACAAGAGCUCAUUGGAAGCAGUCAACACACCAGACUCCAACCGUGGCCGAAAUGAGAAGAAAGCCAUCAAUGAUCUUGACAAAGACUUUUGGAAUAACAAUGACAGCACAGUACAAAAGAAAUGGAGUUCCUACCCUCCAAAGGAGUUCAUUCUAAACAUUUCGCCUUAUGCACCUUAUGGUGACCCACGACUUUCACUCAAUGGCACUCUCAUGUCCGGUAACAAAGCUUCAGUAGCUGAGAAAGAAACACGCACGGCCGAGAAGCAAACCCGCAGCAACAGCAUGAAGAGCAGUGGAUCUUCCAACAGUAAUCGGGGUGAAGCUGCCAAUGGCAAGGUUGGGAAAGGUGGGCGCUGGCACACAGUCCAGACUCUCCUAGCAUCGGGCAAGCUCAACCAAGCUAACUUGGAUGAGCCGACCUUAUCAGCAGCCUCCACAUUAGAACACAUAUCUACACCACCAAGCGAUCAACAGCCGAAAUGCCCACGACCUCGGACGCUGCAGAGGCAGCAGAGCCUCCAGCAGCCGCUGCAACACCAUAGACCUGCCCACAGCCAGCCUACCACCAGCCAGAGCCUUGGGCAGCUUCAGUUCCAACAGCAGACAACCUCCGGCAGCAGGUCUCCCUACAGAGCCCAGCACAGGCCAACUGGUACGGCAGGCUCACGCAAUCGUACAGCCGGAGGCCGCAGCCGCUCCAAUCCUGGGAGCUGGGACUACGUGAUGGGACAGCUCCGUAAUCGAGGGUUAGAUAUGAAGUCUUUCCUUGAAGGCCGGAUGGUGGUCCUUUCCCUGGUUAUGGGUUUGACAGAACAAGAUGACUUUGCAAAUAUUCCUGAUCUACAGACCAGCAACAGCCAACAAAACCAAGGCAUGCAGUCAGACAAAAGGUUACCCACUGGAAAUAAGCCUGUAAAUACAACCCCUGUGCAAGGGCAGGUCCCUCAGGAUGACUCUGAUAGGAAAACAGAACCUCGCUCUUCCGUCUCAGACCUUGUGAAUUCCCUCACAAGUGAGAUGCUGAUGCUGUCACCAGGCUCUGAGGAUGACCAUGAGGGAAGUUCACGUGAAAACCUGGGUCGAAUUCAAUUCAGUGUUGGCUACAAUUUCCAGGAGUCUACCUUCACUGUAAAAAUAAUGAAGGCGGUAGAGCUGCCAGCGAAGGACUUUAGUGGUACCAGUGACCCAUUUGUUAAAAUUUAUCUGCUACCUGACAAGAAACACAAACUCGAAACAAAGGUGAAAAGAAAGAAUUUAAACCCGCAUUGGAAUGAGACAUUCUUAUUUGAAGGUUUCCCUUAUGAGAAGGUGGUUCAGAGAGUGCUGUAUCUUCAAGUCCUGGAUUAUGAUCGUUUCAGUCGAAAUGAUCCUAUUGGAGAGGUGUCAUUACCUCUAAACAAGGUGGACCUGACACAGACACAAACAUUCUGGAAAGAACUAAAGCCAUGCAGUGAUGGAAGUGGGAGUCGAGGAGAGCUUCUCUUGUCAUUAUGCUACAAUCCAACUGCCAACACAAUCACUGUGAACAUUAUAAAGGCAAGGAAUCUGAAAGCCAUGGAUAUAGGAGGUACAUCAGAUCCAUAUGUCAAGGUCUGGCUCAUGUACAAGGAUAAGAAGGUAGAGAAGAAAAAGACAGUUGUGAUGAAGAGGUGUUUAAACCCCAUCUUCAAUGAGUCUUUUGUGUUUGAUGUACCGACUGAGAUAUUGCGAGAGACGACUAUUAUCAUUACUGUGAUGGAUAAAGACAAACUGAGCAGGAAUGAUGUUAUUGGAAAGAUAUACUUGUCUUGGAAGAGUGGGCCUGGAGAAGUCAAGCAUUGGAAAGAUAUGAUUGGGCGGCCACGACAUGCUGUGGCUCAGUGGCACCAGCUCAAGGCAUGAUUAUUCACCAAACCAAAAGAGAGGGGAAAACAUCCAAUUAACCUUGACAUUUUAAGUAUGCACAAUGAAGCACGAGGACUGAAAUCAUGGAUCACUCAGUCAACACUCUGGGAGCCCAGCAGCCAAUCCAUAUGCCAUGGACUGAAUAGCAUUGAGCUGCCAGCAACAUUUUUUUAAGCCAAGAGGUCAUAUCCACCCAGUGCUUCAACAUUCCUUCCCUCCCCUCUUAAAUUCCCACAUAAUUUGGUAGCGGCACAAUUCAUUCUCUGUGUCUGAGGAGUCUGUGGCCAGUUGUCACGUGGCGUAGAUUUUAGUUUUUAUUUCAUGUGACAAAAAAAAAAGCAAACCGUUCUUCCAGUGGUAAAGGAAGUUGCUGCAUCGAAAAAAAAACUUGUAUCUUUUUCUGGAAUGAGCUAACAUUUGUAGUAUUCUGGCGCAGGUGUAGAUGCUAGCAGUUGUAAAGAUACCCAUUUUACUUAUCUGAGUCAACAUGAUGAGUGGGAGGGAAAAAUGAAAAAGCAGGAACUUAAAAUCUGUCUGUGUUUGUGUGUCUGUAAUUAUAGAAAGUGUGUUUUUGUGCACACAAUGUAAGUACUCAGCCAUGCCCUUAAUGUGUGGGUGAUUUUCUCUGCACUUUUUAAAAUGCACAGUUUGGUUAUGACAAAUAAGAUGUUAAUGGAUUUUGGAUUUUUAGAGGUGGUUUUUAAGUGGACAGUGUCUGGUUUAGUCAGUAUUUUAACUUAGCUCUUCUUUAUCCAGGGCUUACAGAACUAUACCGCAACAAGCAAAAAUCCCAAAGGAUUUCCAUGUAGAAAAUCCUAUAGUGUUACAUACAGUAUUGGCCUGGAAUUUCAAAAUAAAAUUGACAGCAAAUGUAAAAUACUGUCAAAUUUCUAGAAGUCCUGUACAGUAACACUGUAGAUAAAUUCCAUGCAAGUCCUGUGUAGUUUUGCAUUAUGGUCAGGUACAUGUAAAAUAUUGUUGUGUGGUAAACCAUAUAUCUGAAGUUGGCAUAUUUGACACAGUUUAAUUGGAGUGGAGGUUUUAAUGGCAUUGAAUAGGCAUCCAGAGUCCUUGAUAAAGGAAUUUCCUUGUUUCAUUUCAUAUGUGUUGCUAAAUGAACUUCUCGCAGUCAGAUUAAUUGUGGUAGUUUAGAAAGAAAACAAAUUGCUCUAGAGAGAGAGAGAGACAGCAGGUCUGGUAGCAUACGUAGCAUAAAAACAGUGAAUGUUUUGAGUCCAGUGACCUUUCGUCAGUGUUAACUCUCUCUACAAGUGCUGCCAGAUCUGCUGAGUUUCUCUAGAGUUCUCUGUUUUGUUUCAGAUUUUCAGGAUCCACAAGUUUUAGUUUUAUUGAUAAAUUCAGAUUGAGCUCUGAUUUUACAACUAAGGGAAUGUGAAACUUGUAUAAGAUUCUGAAAUCUAGUAUUACAUCUUUAUUGUGACAGUUAGUGGUUAAUUGCAAUUUAUCUAGAGAGACAAUUUACCCUAGACAACAGAACAGCACAAUAAAAGUCAAGACUGGAGAAUUAAAUAAGGUGAUAAGACAUGGGGUCACACCUACAGUUUCUCAGGCAUUGUGUUCUCAAUAUAAGCCAUGCUAUUAUAGGGUGAUGUCAGGCAGAGGACAAGUUAGAGUCCCUUAGGUACUGCUGCAGACCUGCUUACACACCACCUUUUUCAAUCAGCCUGAAGUCUAAGGUAAAGAUUAUCUCCAUUUUCCACUUUAUGUGAAUUUUGUUUUCCUUAACGUAAGUAUUUUAGUGCUGAGGAAUGGAAAUCUUUUCAUUUUGGAAAUCAACCGUCUUGUGUCAUGAAGGUACUAGUUGGCUACAGUAUUGUUAGACUACAAGUAAAUGUGUGUGGACAACAACCUUAGAAGAACACCCUAAACUGUGGGCAAAAUAAUUAUCCAUAAUUUGUGGAAUCACAUUGGUAUGCUCCUUUUUGUGGACUUUCUAUGAGAUUGCCAUUUUGAUGCCCCAUAUUAUACAGAGUUUGUGCUGUCAUCCCAUGCCAAUAAGAUAGAAAUUGCCUAAACUCACUUCACAUUGGACACUUAAGCAAGCAGAUUAGGGAGACUUCCAAUUUAUCUCUAUUUCAACCCAGGACCAUGAAGAAGAACCAACAUUUAACUCUUUGCAUUACUCAUUUUCCUUAUGCUGAUUUCCUAUUUGCACAUUUCUGAGAUGGGAUCUCAUCUAUUGAAUAUGGGGACAUUGCAAGCAUAUAAACUAAACUAUCUGUCUAUUCAAUUUAACGGUCAGAAGAUUCAUGAGAUGUAUUGGUAUCAACUCCUACUAUGUGAUUUUCUAGAUAAGGAGUAGACAUGCAGAAAACAUUCUUGCUAAGUUCACAAUAUUAGUUCUCACUUUGCUUUGGGGGGGGGGGGGGGCUUUAAAUGUGAUGUUGGCCACCUCAAUCUAUUAAAGUAUCAAAAAGUAUCUCCAAUUCGUUAUAAGGGUCUUCAAUACAGGUUAACACUAUCAAAAUCCCAAUUAGCAAUCUUACAUUUUUUAGUAUGCCAUUUCUAGAUAUGUAUUAGAUUCUAUGUUUAUAAAUAGACUUUACUAAAAUGCAGAAAGCUGACCAUGUGUCCUGAUUUUCACAGCAUCAGUUCCCAACUGAAGCAGUUGGUUAGCUUAUAAUUCAGUGUAAUAUAGCUUUUUGUGUUCUCAUGCUCUGUUUAAGACAGAGGGAAAUGGACCAAGUAGCUUGAAGCUAACACAUCUGCUGGAUAGAUUCUAAUUGUAUCACUGGUCUUCACUUCUAGCCACAUUUGAUCCAGGCCAACCCAGCAGCAUUCUGGGGAGGGAAACAAAAGUAUAUAUUGAUCAAUGAAUAUUAACCAAUAUUCUGGGAAGCUGUAAGAAAGAAUAUAGAAAGUUCAUACAGAACUAGAAAAACUCAUCUAUUUGGUAUUAUAGUUAUAGAUCUCUCUAUCUUGUCCAAUGUUUGAGUCAUUCAGUUUGCCAAAAAGAAUGAGAAAAGCAACCAGAAUAAUUCAACGUACAGGGAUAAAGGUGAACCGCACAAAAAUAUUAGUCCACUGUAUCCUAGCAAAGAUAAAGCAAAACCUUAUUGAAUUAUACAAAGCAUUAAAAAGGUUAUGAAACAAAAUAGAUCUUAAAAAUCUCAAAGUAUGUAUCCCUACUAUUUACCCACUAGAUUGAUCCAAACAUUUAUUAUUCUUUGUGUGGAAAUCCCUGUCCUAUCUGUUUCAAAUGCUUUUUUCACAGAUUUAUAUUUAUGAUCCAUCCUUUCACUAAACUACUUCUGGAGACCCAGGUUAGAAUCCUGCCAGAGCAGAUGGUGGAAUUUGAAUUCAAUUAAAAUCUAGAAUUAAGA